CCAGACACCCGCGCGCGCGCGCUCUCGCUGCGGCCUGGGGUUGUGUGUCCGGGUGGAGCCUCUGGUUUGGGAAGGAAGGAUCCAGACUGUAAGAAUGAGCGAGCUGAAAGACUGCCCGCUGCAGUUCCAUGACUUUAAACCUGUGGAUCAUGUGAAGAUGUGCCCCCGAUACGCUGCCGUGCUGUCUCGUUCGGAGGACGAUGGGAUUGGGAUUGAGGAGCUGGACACAUUGCAGCUGGAGCUGGAGACACUGCUGUCCUCAGCCAGUCGGAGACUCCGCAUCCUGGAGGCAGAGACUCAGAUCCUCACAGACUGGCAGGAUAAAAAGGGAGACAAGCGGUUAAUAAAAUUUGGGAAGGAGCAGGAGCACGGACCACCACAGAAACACGGCAAACCCAAGAAACAGAAAAUGGAUGGGAAAGGCAGCCAUGGUAGCGGCCCUGGCCCCGGCCGGCCCAAAUCCAAAAAUCUGCAGCCCAAAAUCCAGGAGUAUGAAUUCACAGAUGAUCCUUUGGACGUUCCUAGGAUCCCAAAGAAUGAUGCCCCGAACAGGUUCUGGGCUUCGGUGGAGCCGUAUUGUGCUGACAUCACGAAUGAGGAGAUCCGUGUCCUGGAGGAGCUGCUGAAACCCCCUGAGGAUGAAGCGGAUUAUUACAAGAUCCCACCACUGGGGAAGCACUACUCUCAGCGCUGGGCACAAGAGGACCUGCAGGAUGAGCAGAAGGAGGGAGCGCGUGCAGCGGCUGCUGACAAGAAGAAAGCCAUGCUGGGAACUUUAGCUGAACUGGACUCUAAAGAUGUGGACGCAUUGCUGAAGAAGGAGCAGCACGAGCAGCCCGAGGAUGGAUGCCCCUUCGGACCCCUCACCCAGCGAUUGCUUCAGGCUCUAGUGGAGGAGAAUAUUAUAUCUCCAAUGGAGGACUCGCCCAUCCCGGAGCUUACUGGGAAAGACACUGGGCCUGAGGGUGCUGGUACUUCCCCACGGAGUCAGAACAAGUCCUUCAGUGCUCCUCACACAAAGUCUCUGGAAGCACGGAUUAAGGAAGAGCUGAUUGCUCAGGGGUUGCUGGACUCCGAGGACCGUCCAGCUGAGGACUCUGAAGAUGAGGUUCUGGCCGAACUCCGCAAGCGACAGGCAGAGCUGAAAGCACUCAGUGCGCACAAUCGGGGAAAGAAACAGGAGCUGCUCAGAGUUGGCAAAGAGGAGCUGAAGAGACAGGAGCUGCGACAGCGAGUGAGGAUUGCGGACAAUGAGGUCAUGGAUGCCUUCCGAAAGAUCAUGGCCGCCCGGCAAAAGAAACGCACGCCCACCAAGAAAGAGAAGGACCACGCAUGGAAAGCGCUGAAGGAGAGGGAAAGCAUCCUGAAGCUGCUGGACAGUUAAAGCCCAAUUCCCUGGACUCUUGACAGCUGCUACUUUACAAAAAUUAGUUCAAAGUUUUUUCGUGAAGUUGCCGGCAACACAGAUGAUGAACAGUGGCCGCCUGAGCUUAGGGCUCGGGCAGGCCACAGCCAGGCCUGGCCCCUGCGUGGCUAUCUUCAGAGUACUGAACCGUGUCUGUCACCAGGUCUGGGUGUGGCAGUGUUUACCCAGUGCCGUGCCAGGGAGCCUGGUGUGUGGGUAGCUUGUAGCAAUGCCACCAGAUUUGCAUGUGCGACCUGUAACGUGAUGUUAACACUUCAUAGUUUUUGAGAAAUACAUGUUUUCUGUCAUUUAAA